AUGGAUGCGACGGUGCCGAAAAUUCCAAAAACUUUGAAAGAGUUGGAACUCGAAAACAAGCUCAAAGAUCUGGAAACGAAAAUUCUCACUGAGCAAAAAAAGCAAAUGGCCCGAAACGCCUUCUUGGGAAAACACAAUCGCGAAGAAUAUGCCAAAAUCGACGAAGCCCUCCAGAUCGCGAAAAAAGACCUGAUUCAAACAGAAGCUUCUCUCAAAGAGCGACAGAACGAGAUCAAAGCCAAGGAGCGCCAACACCUCCAAGCGAAGAUGAAGCUCAAGCUGACGCAUCAAAGACAGAAUCGAGGAAAGAAGGAGAAGACAAAAGGCAAGAAGAAGAAAAAUGCGAAUAACACUCAAGCUGCAGCUGAGGCAAAUCAGAUUCAAAAUCAAACUCCUGUAUCCGCGACUGCGUAA